GCGGGCACUGGGUCAGACAUUGGAUCGUCUGGCUGGACAGCGGGCAUCGGGUCACCAGGCAUCAGGUCAUUUGGCUCAACAGCGGGCACCGCGUCAUCUGGCAAGACAGUGGGCACCAAGUCACCAGGCACGACAGUGGGCUCUGAGUCAAUUGGCACGACAGCGGGCACCAGGUCAUCAGGUACCGGAUUGUCUGGCUCGACAGCGGGCAUCGGGUCAUCAGGUAUGACAGUGGGCACUGGAUCACCAGGCAUCAGGUUAUUUGGCUUGCCAGCGGGCACCGCGUCAUCUGGCAAGGCAGUGGGCACCGGGUCACCAGGCAUUGGAUCGUCUGGCUCGACAGCGGGCAUCGGGUCACCAGGCAUCAGGUCAUUUGGCUCGCCAGCGGGCACCGCGUCAUCUGGCAAGGCAGUGGGCACCGAGUCACCAGGUACGACAGCGGGCUCUGAGUCAAUUGGCACGACAGCGGGUACCGGAUCAGGUACCGGAUCAUCUGGGAUCAACAGCGGGCAUCGAGUCAACUGGCCUAAUAGGAUCAUCAGGCUGGAUCAGUCAUCAGGCUGAGUGGAGGCAUCAGGCUGAGUAGAGGCAUCGGGCUGAGUAGAGG